CACAGAGGGGAGAUAGGAUAGGAUUGGAGGAGCGAUAGGAGGAAUGUUCCACAGGCUAUCAAUUUUAUAUAAAGAGUGAUUUUUAAAGGUGCAUGCAUAAAUUUUGCAUGCCUGCGUAUGCUCAAUGCAAAUUGUCUUCUGCAUGCACAGAACAGCACAAUGUCAUUUUCAGAUGAAGACAGACUCCAUUUGUGACAUUUUAGUUAUCCAAAAAGCCAAUUUUCCUUUUCCAAAACAACUUUGUCAGAAUAUUUUUGUUCAGUGGUAAUAUUCUUAUGUCCCUCAGGCAGCUCUGUGUGUGUGUGUUUAUGUGUAGAUCUGGAUACACACAAUCCACAUGAAGGAGCAUGCAUUGUGUUGCAGAACUUCUUGACAUAUGCAGCAUUUGACUUCUUAGCUUCUCCAGGGUUUGUUAAUCCAGCCCUCCCCUUACUUGUUCUCAUGUCUCACUUUUCAAUAGGUCCAGGCAGUUAUCUGACUCCAUUUUGAGUGAAACUGGCAUAAAAAUAAAUAAAUAAAUAAAUGUGGCUUUAUCUUCUUUGCAAAUGUUGUGCUUUUACUCAAAAUGCCAUGGUUUGAGGUCCAAUAUAAACAUAAAUCAUUUGUGCCUAAAGACCAUCUUCUUUUAUGCCCCCUGAGAAUAAGACAAAAAGGUUUGAAAUCCCUAGAAAGUGGUGAAUUCCCAGUAGGACACCCAGAAAUGGAACACAAAAUGACUUCGGGGACUGAAGGAAUCCCCAAAUGUCUCCCAGUCCAACCUUACAGCUGCAGAAAUAUUUAAAUAACUAAAACAUGCUUCCAACAGGUAAAAGAUGAAAACUGUUGUUCCAGUAAAGGCUGAGGCUGAUGUGGUUUUGGCAUGGCCUAUCUGUAUUUACUACUUGGUAUUUCUGUCUUGGUUGGAAAGUUUAACAUGAGAAAACACCUGUGGGAAGGGGAACCUGGAACGGGCUGGAGAUGGGUGAGGAGCAAUGCUCCAUGCCAGGCACAUAAAAUUUGGGCAAGGCAACAGGUUGGUGCUCCAUAAUGGGGAGGGGUGGAGGAUGAGGAGAGCAGAUAGUUCCCCUCCUGAAAGCUCUGGGACAGCCUGCUGCUGAGCAUGGGUUGGUGGAGAUGUUUGUGGAGGUGACCUUGAGAACUACCAGCUGCUGGCACAGCCUGGCCACUGGGAGCCACCACGGGCCAGCAUCUCCUCUGCAGUUAUGCUUUGAAUCCCAAACAAAGCGAGCAGGCUACCUGCCCCAUAUACGCCUCAGAUCAGCCCUGUGCAAUCCAAACAAAACACAUUUUCCCCAAGAGCCUGGGGGCUUGGAGCCUCAGCACCUGCCCCGAGGGGACAUCUCCACCUGUAGCCCACCUCCCUCCAUGGGUGAUGCCCUCUCAUGGCGUUACCAUCACACGGCGGUCCCCACCCCUGCCCCGGGGUCUGGCACGAGAAAGAGCAUCUGUGUCCCUUUAACUUCCCUCCGAGCCGCGAUGCCUGUGUUCUCCCCUCCUCUGGGACUGUGCACGCUGUUGCUGCUCCGGCUGCCGGCAGCCAGCGAGGAGAAUUUCUGCUGCCGGUGAGCGACCGGCUGGUCCGGGGCUGGCACCCUCCCAGAGAGCAGGAGAAAAGGAAAAGGCAGACAGAAAUAGAAGGCAAGAGACAACAGCUUGAGGACCAGAUACUUCAACUGCAGCAUUUCAAGUCAAAAGCACUUCGGGAAAAAUGGCUGCUGCAGGGAAUUCCUGCUGGCUCUGCAGAAGAGGAAGAAGCCAGAAGGAGGCAGUCAGAAGAGGAUGAGCUGAAGGUGAAAAAGCUGGAAGAAAAUAUACACAGGCUGGAACAAGAAAUACAGAAAUUAGAAAGUGAGGAAUCCCAAAUAUCUGCCAAAGAACAAAUCAUUUUGGAGAAGCUAAAGGAGACUGAGAAAUCCUUUGACAACUUGCAAAAGACUUUUGCACACCAGGAUGGUGAUGCAGUAAAUUACAUUUACUCCCAGAUCCCUGAACUCCCAACCCUCUAUUCACGAACAGCAGAGCCAGUUCCUGGGCGGGACGGAGCAAGCAGAGUAGCUGCUUUGUGCACCAUGGAAAUUAAUGUGGAGAAAGACAAACAGACAGGAGAGACCAAGAUUGUCUCUGCUUCACCUAUUGGCCCAGAUGAGGCCCAUCAAAGAGGAUUCAAAGUCUAUGAUGAUGGUACCAAGGUAGUCUAUGAGGUUCACUCUGGUGGCACAGUGGUAGAAAAUGGAGUACAUAAAUUAAGCUCAAAGGACGUAGAUGAACUUAUGCAAAAAGCUGGACAAUCAAGUGUAAAAGGAGGGUUUGAAACAAUGACUGUGUCAGACAGAAAUGCAGUAGCCGAUGGAAACCUUAGCCAAAUGAAGGAGCAAAUGCUCUUCAAGGAGGCAAAGCUGGAAAUGGUACACAAACCCAGCAAAGGGCAUGCUGUGAACCCUCAGCCCCAAGACAAACCCUGUGGUGGCGACAUUCCAGAGGCCAGCGCGGAUCAGCCAGUGACAAUGAUAUUUAUGGGCUACCAGAACAUCGACGACGAAGAGGAAACGAAGAAAGUGCUGGGCUAUGAUGAAACCAUCAAAGCAGAGCUAGUCCUGAUUGACGAAGACGACGAGAAGUCAUUGCGUGAGAAGACGGUGACGGACGUCUCCACCAUGGAUGGAAAUGCUGCUGAGCUGGUCUCUGGCAGGCCCCUGUCAGACACGACAGAGCCCUCCUCUCCCGAGGGGAAGGAAGAGAGCCUGCCCUUGGAAGCUGCCCCAGGUACACAAAAGAAAAAGCGCUGUCAAUGCUGUAUUGUCAUGUGAACACCUCCUCCUUCCCUGCUCCAGGCAGCUCCUGCUCCGUCACUUACCUAGACCUCAAUGUACUUCUAGCUGCAAUACUGUGAACUGGAAGUGAAUGCCUCCAUUGCCUUGCAGUUGGGUUGCUUUGAUUUCUAGUUCUUCAGGAAGAGGAACACAUGGUUAUUUUCCCAUCAGACGUACUCUUUCGGGUUUGGGGAGAGGUUGGGGAUUAUAUUUUAUUUUAUUUUUUCCUUAAUAUUGCAGAGUGAGAGAUAAAUGGGAAACGGAAAAAAAUGUUUUCAUAUUUAUUUGAUUUUUAUAUAUAUAUUAUAUAUAUAUAAUGAAAACAAUUUUUACAUUUUCUUUAGAUAUCUGGCAGGCUCAAUCAGACUCCUAGGAUUUUUGGGGAGUUUGAAUUUCACAGCAGCCCGAUAUGAGAGCCUUAAAAAAAAAUAUUGUUUCUCUUUUUUAAGAUAAAAUUCACACUUAAACAUUAUUUUAUAGAUCCUAUUUUUUAUUUCUCAGGGGAAGGCUUAGAUCAUUUUACUGUUUUAAUUUGCUAAAACUCAGAUAAGUCCUUCCUGAAAAGUUUUCGUAGUUUCAUUUUAUAGCAACUUUUUAGUUUAGUUUGCGGUGUCAAAAAAAUCCAUCAGCCAUUUCUGCUUAUUGGUGAUACCAAAAGUGGAUUUUAAUUAUUCUUUCUAGAAAAUGUAUGAAUGAUGAUUUUGCCUUAUAUAAAUCUUCCAGAUUACAGUAUUGUAUGUGUACUUCAUCUCCCUAAAUUACAGUUGAAAUUAACUUGACAUGAAAAAGAUGCAGCUGUCACACCAACAGAAAUGGAGUCACUGAUCUAAUUACUUGCCUUUCAGUAACUCUGCCAAUGUUUAUACAUGAAGUUUUCCUGCUGAACUCCAGUAGAUGAGAGAUAUUGCUUACUAUUUCCGUAGAAUAAAAAUGAUCUUCUCUUGCAGUCUGACCUUGUUCCCACUGAAUUCAGUGAUGAAAUUCUCAGUGCUGGAAAUGGGGGCAGGGCCAGAUUUUUUUUUGCAGUUCUUAGGAAAAUAUUAUUUCUCAGAGAGUGUACCUCCAGUGCACUGAAGCACUGACAGGUAAUGGGUCUGAUCCUGCUGUGCUUACCCAGGCAAAACUCCCAUGGACGCCCACUGGAGUUUUGUUUAAGCAGCUGUUCCAGGAGAAGACCCUAUAGCCUCACGGUUAACAUGCAAACUGCUGGUGGUUUUGGAUGCUUCGUUUCCCAGUGUGGGACACCUCAGACAGGCCUGAUUUCCAGCAAAAUUUCCUUCAUCUGCCCUCUGAAAAUCAGGCCUUUUAAAAACAACUCAAAGUGAAAAUGUAAAAAGGCGAAGGCAUCCAAAAUCUGUAGAUAUUUCUUUAUUUCUUGGUCCUUCGAUUCUUCUAACUACAAUGAAAAAGCAGACAGCUUUUUCAUGGCAAGAUAUUAUGAGCCUGAUUCUUGUCUCACGUCGGUUUUGCUUAAGUGCAUCUCCACUCACUCUGGAAUUAGUAUGGAUUUGUAACUAGAGAAGUGAGAUUAAAAAUCAGGAUUUGUAUUUUCUGGUAGUGUUAAAAAUACUGAGGAUUAUUUUGAAGUGUAUUUGAAACUAUCAGACUUUAAAAAUUAAUAGCAGCAACUGAAAAAAAAAAAUGCAUAAGAAAAAAAAAAAAAAACAAAAAAAAAAAAAGAAAGAGAAAAAGAAAAAAAGAAAGAGAGAAAGAAAGAAAGAAAACAACAAAAAGCCUCUUUUCAUUCUGAGGUGGUUUCCACAAUAUUUCUGUUCUUUCUUGGAUGGUGCUUUUACUGCAUUAACUGUUAGUUCAGAGCAUCUGAUUAAACAGAGUUCUUGCUCUGUACUCUUUUCUUUCUGUGCCAGUAAAAAAGACACUUGCUCAUGAAAGUGGUAAUAUGAGGCACACUAAAAACAGACACAAAAAAAUGCAAAAAGUAGUUCUGAGUUAGAUCACUUUGCUGUCAAUAUGGAGCUGGUCGACAUAACUUUACACCACUGCUCAGGUGACAGAAAAUAAUAAUAAUAAAGGAACUGGCAAUUAGAGAAAGACCGCCACAUCCAUAUGACACCUGCAGAAAUUAUGCUGGCUUCUGUAUCUGCUGCAGUGGCCUGGUUUCAUGCAUAAUGGACUUCUGCAUGUUCCCUCAGCCUCCAGUGGGGCUUUUGGAUGACAGGAGGGCCAAACUCACCAACAUAAACUCUGCAAAUCAUCACUUGACUCAGGCUUAUGUGGUUAACAGUUUUAUCACAGAGGGGAAUGGCUGCAAGGUCCUAUGUUGUCACAGUUAUGUCUGGUGGCUGUUUGUUGGAAGCUAUAUUGGAAAUGAGCAGCCUCUAUUUCAGUUAUUUUUUUUGGUGUGAGUGUUUUUUUGGUUCGUUUUGUUUUCCAGAAAUGCUAAAUAUUUACAAAUCUCAACAUUUCUUAAACCAAGGCCAUGAGCUUUCAACACUGAUGUGCUCAGCUUGGCCUCAUGAGGUUGCCCUCAUGCUCAGCAUGCCAAGGUGUGGGGAGGUGACCCCUGGGGUCUGAGCUCUCCUGGCUCAUCACAUCACCACUCAUUAUCUUGGCUGUGGUAGCCCAGACCCUGGCACCAUCACCAACACCAUUUCAGGGCUUUUUGUGCAUUUCCAAGAAGCUAGGCGAUGCCACCACCACUCAGCUGAGGAGCACUUAACCCACACAGCUGUAGUCACCUCUCCAUAGUCUCAUUCACUCCAGACGCUGUGUGAUGGAGAGAUAGCUGAGGCUUUGACAGGGCAUGUUUAAGACUCCAAAGCACUGCAAGAACUUUGUGACACAAACAGGUGGGACAGUAAAACCAUUUCCACCUUGUUCCUGCACCAUGAAAGCCACUGUAUCUGGGCUUUGCCCACUCAGCAGCCAGCAGGCAGCCCACAGGCAUAUUUUGCAAUAGUUCUCUCACUCUGGGGCCUCCUCACCUCACCUCACCUGAAAAACACAUCUUCUGCUUCCCCUCUCCUGAUCCGGCCAGUCCUUCCUUCUCUGUGUGUGAUCCUGCCUUCAUGGCUUCCCUGGCCUCCCCAUCUCUUCAUAGCCCAAUAUUUUUCCCCUACCACUCCUUGCCCUACGGACAUGUUUCCCAAAGCCCUCUGCUUGGUACACUUGGAGUGUCAUCUUGACUCUGGACAUUCUCUGGUACUACUCCUAAUCCAGUCUGUCCAUAUGUCUCUUCACCAACGUUCUCCCGUCAGAUAAUCUUCUGGCUUACCACAGGCUCAGCAUUUUGGGGAUGACUCCCUUAGUGGCCAGCUUUGGGAGAUGUUUGCUGAGACUGGGGCCAGAGUGUGUCUGAGACCACUGCACCGUUUGAGGCACAACGUGGUGGGGAGCCGGUGGCAUGUAAGAGUUCAGAAGUGGCCCUUCAGUGGUUAGAAGUAGAGCACAAGCCUUAAACCUUAAACCUGCCAAAUACCUACUGCUCAGUACUUGUAGCUAACAUUGAGUGCCUAGGAAGGCCAUUGUUUUUUUAUGUGUUCAUAUGAACUCCAUGGUUAACAGGCCCUGAUAGAUCCAAAAAAAAAAAAAAAAAAGGCAAAAAAUAACUAAAAAAAAAAACAAAAAAACCCUAAAGGUGUCUGCAAAGGGUUUGUCUUUAUUGGUCAAAGGUACAAAGGUAGUUCCAUGUCUAAGGUCAGGAAAAACACAAAACAAAAGCUAAUCAGUCUGAACUCAGAGGGCUUUAGCUACUUUGCCUGAAACAUGCUUAUUCCAAUCAUUCUCCUCCACAAGUGCAACAGCCUUGCCUGGACAUUGGCUUGUCUGUAUUAGCCACUAACUAGACUGCAGCAAGUUGCAUAGGAAUUAAAAUGUGUUAGCACAGGCUGAUGAAUGUAAACUGCUUUCCAGGGCUUCUCUGGGCUUUGGAAGGGGUAAGUUUUCCCUUUGCCCUCAGAUAGGAAGCUGCCUGUGGAAAUAAAUGCACAAUCAGACACAAAGGAAAAGGUCUGCUCUACAGUCAAGCAGAGAGAGAUUUUGUAAGGAUCACUAUGGGAGUUUUUUGGUUUUUGGUUGUUUUUUUUUUGAGAAAACUCCCUGUCUGUUUAACUUAUGUCAUCACAUGUAUAUUUUCAAUUUCAGAAUGAGGGGAUACAAAAAAGUAGAGUCAGAAACUGGUUCAGUGAUAACAUUUUUGCCACAACAAACUGCUCGCCUUAACUUUUGUAAGAAAACAAGAAAACUCUUUUCAGUGUAUCUUUUCCUAGACUGGGAAAAAGUAACCUAUGAAAUUUUUUUAUAUUUUGUAUUUUCUAAGUUUUUAUGAACCCACUUUCCAUCUUUCUAUGUUGUCCCUCAUUUACAUUUAGGGACUGUUUCUUUUGCAAACCACUGCAUUUAACUUUUUUUUUUCUUUUUUUUUUUUUAACAGAAAAAUACAAAUCAGAAAACACAGCAUUAUGAUUAGUGGCUAGGCAAUCUCUUUCAAUUACAAUAAUAUCAAUACAGAAAGAAAAGAAUUACAGGGUUAUUUUCUUUUUUUAUUUUCCUGUGGCUGAUGUACUGUAUGGUAUAUGUUUACAGAACUCCUCUGGUCUGCCUUUGUGAUGUUAUCUAAAUGAAUGACAAGUAGGUAUGAUGUGCCAUUUGACAGUUUGCCUUAGCACUUUUGGGUUUCCUUCUUUUUGUAUUUUUCUUUCCUUUUUUAUUUUUUUUAAUUUUUUUUUUCCAAAUAGUGCAGGCUGUAUUCCAAAGCUGUAUAAACACAACAUUAUCUUUCAAUCCCCAUCAAGAGAUGUGUGCACAAGCCCUUCUCCAUGGAGCAUACCUCUACUGGUGCAAUAAAAGACCUCAGUCCUGGAAACAAAAUGCAUAUGCCUAAUUCUACUGUGUGUAGACCUAUUUAAGUCAACAGGACUAUUCGCAGGAGGAAUGUGUGUAGGUGUCUGCAAGAUCAGGGCAUGAAUGAUUAACACAGAGUGUAGUUUGGGUGUUAUUUGUGUACCUGUACCAAUUUUAUGCACUGCUGAGUUUGCCCACGGUGGUCUAAACCUAGAGGCCAACUCUUGAGUAUUGCUACUUCUGCUAAGAAAAACAUGAAAUAAAACGGUUCUGAGCAUCUGGUAGGAUCAGGUCCUGAGUCAGUAUUGCUACCAUGGUAGUAGUAUUCAUGAGAAAAUAUUAAGUAGGACUUCCUUGACAGCUAUUAUAUCAGUCCCCAGACAUUCUAAAUUCACUACCAGUUCUUCAUGCUUAAAAUUAGAAAUACAACAACUUAAUGGGAGCAGAAAGAUAGCAUACAGAGUUGCUAGAGAAAUAAAAUGUAUUCUACCUUUUGAUUUAGUCCAAAAUCCAAAUGGCAUACUUGGAAAGUAAGUGGGGAUAUAAUAGAAUAUGUAGUAUUUUACAUUUGUGUAUUUUUUUAAGGAAUAAAUAUUUUUGUAAUGAGAUACAAAUCCUAAAUCGGGAUUUGAGUUUCUGAAUAUCAUCCUACCAGUGACAUUGAGCCUUUGAACUUUUUCAUACGUUGAUGACAAUGCCCAGCUUCUUGGGAUCUUUUGUAGACCUAACCACAUUUUUCUCCAGAAAGUAGGAUCACAACACUUUUUAAAGAGUAACAUUACAAGAGUAGAAUCCAAUAUACCUGCUAUGAACACAGCUAAAGAAAUAAAUUUAUUAAAAAAUAAAUAAAUAAAAAAUAAAAAAUAAAAAAUGUACCUAUGCUUUCUAUAGCUAGACAAAUAAGUUUAUCUAGAAUGCUAUAGUAGCAGGUGAUAACUACCUACAUUCAAUAGAGAGGUAUGGCUAAAAGGGAGAAUUAUAUUUUUUUUUCAUUUUGUCAUAAUUUAUCCAACAUGAGAUUUCAAAAUACAAGAGAUAGUGCCACUGGAAAGAGUAACAAAAUAAUUUAGACAACAUAGUGGAUAUUCCCAUGGGCUGAAAUGUGGCAUCUUAUUUUUUUAAACUCAGUUUCAACCAGUUUUCUCUGUCUGUUAGAAAGUUCAGGAUUUGCUCAGAUUAUGUUUCAUGAGCCUUCUGGGCAGCAAGAGUAAACUUUAGUUCUGAGCUUAAUCGGAGAUUGCAGGCUAUGACAGCAUCCAGCAAAAAGGCGGACUGUAAUUUUUGUAUGUAAACAAAUAAAUUGUAUAAAAUGGCUGAAUUUAUUAUGUUUAGAAUAUGAAUGGAUUGUCAUUUAGUCCAAAAAGAAUAUAAAUUCAACUUGUAAUAUAAACAUAUAGUAAUAACUUAGCUUGUAAAUAGUGACAAGGGUGCAUGAAGUUCUUAAAAACAUCCCACUUUUGUCUAAAAUCAAAAGCAUUACAAAACUGAGCUUUUUUCCUCAUGGGUUCAAAAAGUCUUGCAAAAUAUAUAAAGUUUUUUCCUGUGGUAGUUCAAGUUAGCCUGCACAAUGAAGUAAGACUAGGCUACUUUUCUUAAGGACAAAUUUUUGAAAAAUUCUGAUCCUUUCCCCCCAGGUUGCAAAAACUUCUCUUAUCUGGGGCUUUUUUUGUAGUUAUUGUAUUGAAAACCUUCCUCUAAUUUUUUCCCACAUUUUUCUCAAAGAAUAUUUAGAUUUUUUAAAGGCUUAAACUACCUUAGAAAUAGAAAAAUCAAUCAAUCAAUCAAUCAAUAGUUAAAUAGAAUGACCUAAGUAACUCAAGUCCACCAGUUUGCAUGUAUUUGUACAUUCAUAACUUACAUUGUAAGUUACUGACUUAGACCUGAUCUCGAAUACCUUUUCAGUAGGUCCAGUAAACCUAAAGACUUGCCCAUGAACAUAAAAUAAGUCACCCAAGCUGCCCUGUUUAAUUUAAUAGGAUGACCCAGAUAAGUGAAAUUUAAGCACAUGAACAAAUGCUUAUAGGGUCUUGUCUUUAAAUGAUAUUGCUACAAGCAAGACUUAAUGCUGCUUUAACUGUGUCUUCUCAUUCCUUAAAUUAGAUAGAUUUAUUUAUUUUUUUUUAAAUGGUGUUGUGAAACUGGUGCACUUUUCUGCAGAGAGGAGUUUAGGACAUGAUCUCCUGGCUGACUGUGCUUGAAAGUGGAUGAAUGUCCUCUGGGCACUCGCAAAACCCCCAGUGCCCUGCAGAGGGUGGGGGUGAAUUUCAAAUUACAAAAUAACACAAUGUAAAAGAAGCAGUGUGAGUUUUUCUUCCAAAAUUUCCCCUUUGCACUCCUCUACUCCAGACUCUGCCUGUCCCCUGUCUCUGUACUUGCUCUCAUUCUGGACACCAUUGCUCAGUUGCUCCUUUUUUUUCCCCUCUCUGUGCUUCACUUUUUGUGGUCUCCAAUAAGCAAAAACAGGGGGAAGAAAAGAGAGACUUGAGUUUUAACCAAGCUAAAAGAAAUGACAGUAUCCUGUCCUUGGUGUUUGGACUUCUUCCUGCAUUUUCCUAGACUCACAGGACAAAUUUGAUACCAGAGGAGCACUCCUUGACAGUUCAUUUGGCAUCCCCUGGAUUGCCUAAACAGAGGGUUUCACUUAAUCUUUGCUGUUUAGGUAGACCUUCUGUCUUUCUUCCCAUUUUAUUGGGAAUGCUUUAAGUACUCAAAGCCAGUAUGAGAUAUAUAUGCCCAAGUGCACCCAGAAGUGCACCCACUUAGGGGAGAAGAAGGCAAGCCACCCUCUAAUUGUCAGGUUGCUACCAGAAGGCUAAAGGAGUCAGGAAAAAACGUGAACUUCCCCACAGACCGAUCCAGCAUGCAAAGACAUUCUCAAUAAAACUAGCUGCCAAGAAGCUCCUGGUAUCCCUCCAAAUUAAUGUGUUGGUCAGAGAGUGUUCUCAAAAACAAAGAGGGUUCUGUGCAACCUCAUAAAGUCCCAGCUGGGCACAGCACUUAAGCUCCACUGACCUUAAGCACUUGCUUGAAGUGUAACACAUACUUAAGCACUGUGCUGGUUAGGGGAUAGCUUUGAGAAUAUGUUAAGAUCAGCCCACACCUAUGAUUAAGGUGCUUAACUGAAGAUGAGCUCAAAUUUUAUCCCUGUAUUUUGCAAGCAUGGAUGUAGGCACCACUUAGGGGCAGAGAGAGGAGAUAAAUUGAUUUCAAAGCUUUUUGUAUUUCCAGUGGCCACUGAAUCUGUACAGCAAAGGUAGCCAAGCAAGAGCAGGUCAGGACGAAGGCAAAAGAAAACAUUUCUGAAGGUUUCCUGCCCCUCCUGGCCAUGUUCAAUCCAUAGACAAAUGACUCUUUAUAGGGGUCCAAGAAAAUGUUGUGUAAAAUGCAGCUUUUAUGGUGAAUGUAGGUUGUGGUUGAGAUUUUUUUUAAGCUUUAGUCUCCCACUUUCUUUGUGAGCUAAUGUAUAUAUAAAAACCCAUUUUAUUGGGGAAAAACUGCUGUGCUAACACUGGAUUAGAAUUGCUGGGGAUAGCUGCUGUACUUUGUAACCUGAAGUGUACUUUUUUGACUGUUAUGUUUUUUUCUUCAGAUUAAAAAAAAAAAAAAGUACAAAAAAAAUCAAAAAUAAAUAAAACGAGAACACUGCCAGCAACAGCCAUGCUGUAACUGUGGCUUCUCUCUUUUUUUUUCUCUGUACAGUAUUAUUAGUAAAUAAAUCUGCCUUUUCACUGCGCCUA